GCCACCGCCACCACCACGUCCGCCCCGGAAGUCCGCGUCGCUCCUCGCUCUCUCGCUGGCGAUCUUCCGCGAUCGGUCGGGCUGCGCAUCAACGCGCAUACGUCACGUCGGCGGCGGGCCACCUCGUCGUCGUGCGUCGUGUCUCCCGUUAGUCCGCGAUCGUCCUCGCGUCCGUCGCGCUCUGUCAAGCGCGCCCGCUCAUCCUUGACCGGCGAAUCCAAGCAAAGAUCGCCAACAUGUUCAGCUGGCUAAAUCGCGAGGAGAACAACAAGCAGGAUCUCUUCGAAAAUGUCACCGAAGGCCUCAAGAGGAUAUACAAGUCCAAGUUGCUGCCGCUGGAGCAGUACUAUCAGUUCCAUGACUUUCAUUCGCCGCAGCUGGACGAUCCGGACUUCGACGCGAAGCCAAUGAUCCUCCUGGUCGGGCAGUAUUCCACCGGCAAAACCACGUUUAUCAAAUAUCUGCUGGAGAGGGAGUUUCCUGGCAUCAGGAUCGGACCAGAGCCUACUACGGAUCGGUUUAUAGCGGUCAUGUAUGAUGAGAAAGAAGGGGUCAUUCCUGGAAACGCCUUGGUCGUAGAUCCGAACAAACAGUUCAGGCCACUCUCAAAAUUCGGCAAUGCGUUCUUGAACAGAUUUCAGUGUUCGACCGUAGCGUCGCCUGUUUUGAAGGGCAUAUCUAUAGUGGAUACACCUGGUAUAUUGUCUGGUGAGAAGCAACGAGUUGACAGAGGCUACGACUUUACUGGUGUUUUAGAAUGGUUCGCCGAGCGAGUAGAUAGGAUUAUCUUGUUGUUUGAUGCUCAUAAGCUCGAUAUAUCAGAUGAAUUCCGUAGAUCCAUUGAGGCCUUACGUGGGCAUGAUGAUAAAAUUAGAAUUGUUCUUAACAAAGCUGAUAUGAUUGACCAUCAGCAGCUCAUGAGAGUAUAUGGUGCUUUAAUGUGGUCGUUGGGGAAGGUGUUGCAAACUCCAGAAGUGGCUAGGGUCUACAUUGGCUCGUUUUGGGAUCAGCCGUUAAGAUACGAUGUUAAUAGAAGAUUAUUUGAAGACGAAGAGCAAGAUUUGUUCAAGGACAUGCAGUCGCUUCCAAAAAAUGCCGCAUUAAGGAAACUUAAUGACUUAAUUAAACGAGCGCGUUUAGCAAAGGUGCACGCGUAUAUAAUAAGUGCUUUACGGAAAGACAUGCCGAGUAUGUUCGGCAAGGAUAACAAGAAGAAAGAGCUGAUAAAAAAUUUGGGCCAGACUUAUGAUCAAAUUCAACGAGAGCAACAGAUCUCACCUGGUGAUUUUCCAGAUCUAAAGAAGAUGCAAGAGAGCUUAGCGCAUCACGAUUUUAAUAAAUUUAAUCCCCUGAAGCCUAAGUUGUUAGAAGUGGUUGACAAAAUGCUCGCUGAAGAUAUCGCGAAGCUUAUGGCUAUGAUACCGCAUGAAGAAACCACCACCGUUUCGGAACCACUUAUUAAAGGAGGAGCAUUUGAAGGUGUAGAAGAUCAAGUUAGUCCAUUUGGAUACAAAAGAGGAGAAGGAAUCGAUGCAGGUGCAGGUGAACCAGAAUGGAUUGUCAAUAAGGAAAGGUAUAAAUAUGAUAGCAUCUUCGAAUCGCUUGGGCCACAAGAUGGAAAAAUUACGGGAGCAGCGGCCAAAUCAGAAAUGGUCAAGUCCAAAUUGCCGAACAGCGUGCUCGGAAAGAUCUGGAAGCUUUCAGAUGUUAAUAAAGAUGGAUUCUUAGAUUCUGACGAAUUUGCCUUAGCCAUGCAUCUAAUUAAUGUAAAGCUCGAAGGAUACGAUCUACCGGCUGAGCUUCCAGAACAUUUAAUACCGCCAUCGAAACGCGACACAUAAUAUACGAUUUUUGUAUUAUAAUUUAUCAUGUUUCGCAAAUGGUUAACACACGUUUAGAAUCAUGAGAUGGUGGCUAUUAAUUAGCACGUCUUUAUUAAUCGUGCGCGCGUGCGGUUAACAGAUCGAACAAGAAUUAUAAAAUUAUACUUUUACAGCUGUAUCAUAUUAUGUGUAUACUAUGUUACAUUGAUAAUGUAUCAAGGCCAGGGGACAUAUAUAUUUGCAAUUUUAAAGCAUAAUAUACCCAGCAUAAGACAUAAUAUAACCAGCAAUUGACACCGAUAAAGAUAUAUCGGUAUUUUUCAAAUAAUGUAUUUCCGAAAUGUAUGGAGAUUAUACAUAUACAAAAUUA